GCAAUGCUUCCCACCGAAAGAAUAUGCUUUGUCUUUACGUCUCUAAGUUCAGGUUUGUGAUGCAUUUAUCGUAAAUCAAACAUGGCGAACAUUCUUACUUAUUGUGGUACACGCCAAAGUGAUUGUUUAGUUUCUUUUUUGGUUGUCGGAGCAGCAGAAUUAUGCCAAAAGAUUGCUGAUGGAUUGCAUCAAUGCGCAAAAGAAAGAAAUUGGCAUAUUUCAGUACAUCAAUGUGAACUUAUUAAUCAAGUUUUACAAUCACAUUCUAAUCUUGGAAUAGAUUUUAUUGUUUUGACUUUUGAUUGGAAAACAGCUCAAUCUGUAUCAGAAGUAGAAACAAACAUAAGUCUUAUAGAUCAACAGUAUAUACUUUCUGGAGCAGCCUGCCUAGUAAGCUGUAAAGGAAUCUCAAAUUGUAUGGGAUUGACUUUCCAUAUAUCAACUAAAAUACAAGAAAAGUAUAAUAUUAGACUGUUAUGUGCUAAUGUUUAUAAGCCACAAGGUUGUGUUCAGUUAGGUAAUAGAAUAUUAAAUAUAGCAGAAAGUGUACUUGGUAUGACAAAUGGAAUUCCUACUAGUGCAUUAGUAAUACAUUAAUUCAAGAAACAUAAUUGUACCUUUGAUACUAAAAUG